CCAUCUUCCGCUGAUUCCAAACCGCAAACUUGAAGGUUUCGUGCUGGUAUAAAGUCAGAGACCGCAAGAAUGUGGAAUUGUAGGUAUGGCAUGGAACCUACACGAUUGACAGCUGCCGUAAUCCUCCCAAACGCCGCGAUUUCAGCCCUUCGCGUUCCUCUUUUUCUCUCGUUGUUGCCAGGAUGCCCGCCGCACGCGUCAGCAAGAAAUCCGCAAAGCUGAAGGCCGCUGAAGAGAGUGAGGCGGUGAGGAAAGCGGCAAAGAAAACCAAUCGAGGUCCCGGACGUCCGCGCAAGAACGCUGCAGGACUUGAUACAAAUGUGCAAGGCGAACAUACAGGGAGGAAGCAGGCGACGACGCAAAAGCGGUCUCAAGGUAAAAUAGCUGCAGAAACAGCUCGUCAGCGCCGUCAAGAAGCAAUAAAUAAACGUCGCACCAAGCCUAGUGAAAAGCGUCUGGGAUCCGAUGACGAUUCUAGCGACGGCCAGGACGACCCCGGCAGUGAAAUGGACGAACAAGGCGGUGCUGAUGUGUCCAUAAUGGAUGUAACCCAUGCCGCUGGUUUCAAUUUUCCCGAAGAUGACGAGGAAAAAGGCGAGGAAACCGAUUCCCAAGAAGAUGCGCUCGGGUCAUUCGAUGGGUCCAAGGAUACUGCUACUGGCUUCUAUGGAUUUGAUCUGGACGAUGGGAGCAUCUCUUUUGGGCGAGCCAAGGCAUACGGACUUAUCACGUCGACCCCUCCACCUCAGAAAAGGCUCGGAAACGUCAUUGAAAUCAUUGUAAAGGUAUCUGAUGGGGUAGGAACUCGGUCCAUGCCGAUUCAUUCAGACAUGACCAUGUCUGAUCUUUUGAACGCGGUGACCGAAACCACGAGGGCAACGUGUACAAUCCACGCACUAGCAUAUGAGGCUCCCUGAUGCAAGAAAUCGGGAUCUAAGGUCGAGCCCCAUUACCUAGACAGUCAGAGCGCAUUGGACGAUUUGUUCGCGAAUGUCAGAAAAUUCCGAGACGAGCAAAAGCGAAACAAGAAAAAGAACAAGGCCGAGUGCUUGAUCACGAUCCGGAACCUCAGAAACCCGACGGCAAGCGCAAACCAGAAGAAGACCCAGCAGAAGACCGAGCCAACACCAUUGGCCAACGCGAAAGACCAGUAUGCUACCGAAAUCCAGAAGAUUGCCACACAGAUCAUUGCAAAUUUCAAGUCUGACAGGCAUGAUGGUGGGGUGUGUGUAAGAUUCAAAGGAAUGCGAGACCACGUACCAUAUACACACACAGACGUUUCCGAACACGCAAAGUUAUAUUACAAAAAGGCUCCUAGUGUGACACUUACCGAGCCUCCGGAGGCUCUGAAACUCCUCAAUAAAAGGUCAACUAGGGGUAGGGGAUUGUUGAAAGCUGUUGACUCGGGUACAAAGAGUACCAGUCCCUCACAUGUAGCCAACAUUGAGGAGCAAAAACAAACACAGGUACAUAAGGAGACGUCUCCAUGAAGGAAAGCAUGUAACUUUCUACUAGUGAAGUAAUGACUACAAGACCUAACAGACGACUUGGAGAGAGGCUGAGACGGGUUCGACUACAAUUGCCUUCUGCCAGUCUUCCACUCCUAUAGUGUAAAGCAACUCAAUGACAUAAAUGCUUUAGGGAAGGAUCUUCUCUAGGUAUAGUAACAGAAGCAGGACUUGAUGUUACCAUUAGAUUUAUACUGUGUAUUGUUUGUUAUACACAGGAGGACAUGAAGGAUGUAGUGUCUCAGGCAUAGGUAUUGCAACUGGGUGUCUACUCAUAUGUACAUAAUAUUGUGCCUAUAAUACUAUGUUAA